UUAAAUCAUACGCUUCUCUGUGUCUUUGUGUAAUAACAGAACCUGCAGCGGGAGAAAAAAAAGAGGACGGUAGAGACAGAGAAAGAGAGAGAAAGAGAGAGACCGAGAGAAACAGAGAGAGAGAAACAGAGAGACGGAGAACUCAGGAGCCAUAUGGUGGUUUGACUGGAGUGGAAGCCUACUUCUGAUCCUGCCUUUUAAUCCUCUCUACAAAUCUCCUGUAAUGAGGAUGAGACAGGCCACGCUGCCGGGCUUAUGGGACAGGGUACGAGAAGACGUGGGGACAUUCUUCAGCAGCUGGACGGCACGACUGCCCGCAAAGCGCAGGAGGAGAAGACGAGCCUGAGAGAGAGGAGCGCCCUGCAGCAUCAAUCGAGUCCGGGUUUCCCAGUGCUCAACGAGCAGCAGAGGACAGUGCAGUCACCGCAAGGAGGAUGCUAUAGAUGACCCGAGCGCAACUGACAGAGGAAGUUUGUUUGCUUGCUCGCUCACACGCAGCCAACUCGGCGUACACACGGGUGGAAAGAGAAAUCUAAAACUUCUUCUGGAGAGGAGUGCCAGCAGAGAGAGUGGAUCCGCCGGUUUUUCAUCCUAGGGUCGUGGGGGAUGCAGGGUGUGAUCUGAGCGUGGCAGGGGGCGGGGGCACGGAAUGGCACACGAGCAGGAGGAGGAAGACCCCCACCUGGGGGCGGGGCCAGACGAGGACGAGCAGCAGCUGUUCCGGGAGGGGGAAUCGGAGUCGUGGAGCCUGCUCUCCGACGACUCGGUCCUGCCCGUCUACGAGCGCGAGAGGAAGCCGGGCAGCGCCAACACGCUGCUGGAGGCCUGCGGCCAGAACGACCUCCAGACGCUACGGAGGCUGCUGGAGCGGGGCCUGACCCAGGAGGAGGUCAGGGAGCUGGACAUCAACGGCAGGAAUGGGCUGAUGCUGGCAGCCAGCAUGGGCUUUGUGGAUAUUGUUGUUGGGCUGCACCAUUGCCCCUUCAUUGACAUCAAUCACCAGGACAACGACGGUAACACCGCCCUCAUGAUCGCGGCACAGGCAGGCUACAUCACCAUCAUGAACUACAUCCUGAACUUCUACGCCGGGGUGGACACGGAGGUGCGGGACAGCCGCGGGUUCACAGCGCUGAUAAAGGCCGCUAUGCAGGGCCGCAACGACUGCGUGUCCUCCCUGGUCAUGGCCGGAGCGGACCUGAACAGCGUGGACACGACGCGGGGGAAGUCGGCGAAGGAGUGGGCGCUGAAGACGGGGCGCUACGACACGCUGUACCGGCUGCGGCGGCUGCAGCUGCGGCCGUGCGCGGAGCAGUUCUGCGACGGCUACGUGGCCGAGUGGCCCGAGCUCCGACAGCUGGUCGCCAAGGCGACCGCCCCCAAAACCCGCGGCCAGCGUCUGAGCGAGCGCCUCCGCUCCACGCUGACCAUCGGCCUGCCCCACGACCCCCGUGACAACGGCGUGCUGGACCACAUGGUGCGCAUGACCACCAGCGUGCGCUCGCCCCUGGUGGCCACGGGCUGCCGGCCCCUGUGCCCCACCAGCCCCCCCGAGGCGGGGAAGCGGCGGCUGGCCGUGCCCGAGCUGGCGCAGAGGAACCCGGGAGCGGACCUGGAGCGGCGCUCGGUGCGGCACAGCGACGGGUCCGUCAGCUCAGCCUCGCCCUCGGUGGACUCCGGGUCGGUCUCCGGGUCGUCCAUGUCGCUGGCGUCCUGCUGCACGGACGCGGCGCGGCGCGGGAGCGUGCUGUCCAAUCGCGUGCGGGGCCUGCUGCCCCGCGGCAUCGGCCAGCGCAACAGCGUCUUCCCCGCCGGCUGCAUCCCGCAGAUCCACAUCACCCGGUCCGCCGAGCGCACGCCCAAGAAGGAGAAGAAGAAGAAGAUGUCCAAGGCCCACCUGGAGCCCCCGCUGUGGAAGUACAAGGAGGCCAAGCAGGAGAGGAAGAGGGAGAGGGUGAAGGCCGAGGAGGCGGCGGAGAGGGAGAAGUCUGAGAAAAAGAAGAAGAAGAAGAAGAAGAAUAAUAAGAAGAAAAAGUAGGAGGAAAUCCCCACCAAAAAAAAGCCUCUACCAGGCCACUGUGGACUUCUCCCCUCUGCCUCUAUAUCCCCCAGUCUAAGUCCAACCACUGGGACAUUACCUUAUGAGGUAAAGCUGCCACCCUUUUGCUCUCACCUGGACCCUAUUUGCAGUUGGAUCGUGAUUAUAGGUCAUCAUCCGGAUGAAUUCACCAAGGAACUUAUUUUUCACCAUCUCCCUUUUCUGACUUGACUAUGCUGACAUCAUUUGGGGGAAAUGCUCAUGAAGAUGUCAAUCACCAGCAAUCACUGAACUACACUUUUUUUGUUUUUUUGUUGGAACACUCUGUUUUUGUGCUAAAUGUAUGAAUGCAGUGUUUUUUCAGAAUUUCAUACAGACUUUCUUUUUUGGUUUGUUUGUUUUUGUGUUAUAUGCAAGUAUGAUUACAGAUAAACUAUGGUACAAAUAUCUGAAAAGAAAACAUUGAAUUUUGGUAGCAUUGCUGGAAUAUCUUAGCUCUACAUAACCUGCUCUCUGCUCUGAGCUACACCCACGUUUCUCCCAAGCACAGUACCUCCACGUUCUAUACAGCUGUUCUCAGAAGAACAAUGGAGUCAAACCAGCACAACAAAAAUAAUAAACUCCAUGUUGGGUUUUUCUUC